AUGAUGGAAGCAGUGAACAACUGGCUUGACCGCGCUGUCCAAAGCUCGCUUGAUCUACCUCAUCCAGCCGAAACCGAUGGUCAAAAAUCAAUUCUAGACGCCAAAGGAAAUAGUAGUAACACUACCAAUCUUAGCAAUAUUGUUCCGUUUAGAAUUUUAAUUAAAUCACUUGAACUUUUGCCAUCAUCUGUCUCUUCUUCACUUGCUACUCCAUAUGAAGUGCAAUUUACUGCAACACUAUUUGAUAAUUUGUAUAAACGAUUUUAUGGUCAAACAUGGUUCAGUGCUUGGCAUAGAGGUAAACUUAAUACCGAUGGAUUUUUCCGAGUCAAUCUCACUGAACCCUUAUAUUGUCAUAUUCCAUUGAAAAAUGAUCAAAAUUGGUUGGUUAUUCAAUUUAUAUUUCGUAGUGGAGAAGCAGCAGAAGAUCGAGAUGAGCUUGUAGGUGGUUGGACAUAUAUUAAAUUAAAACCAUGGACCGAUGAGGAUGAUAUUACUAAACCAAUUAUUAAUCGGCACUCAAUUUAUCAUGGUUCGCCCCGUGCUCUUAUGUUUCUUAAUGAACCGAUUGAAGCAUGUUCAAAAAUGGCACAAGUUUCAUCUGCUGGUUUAUUUGUUGAAACUAAAUAUCAUGAGCCUCUUUUUUCUGUAAUACAAUAUUUAUCUGAAUGUACUCUUUAUGGAAGAAAUGCUAAUAUUGGCGGCAUUCAUUGGUCGGGCGAUCCAAAUGACGAUACACUGAGAAAACCUGUUCUACAAGCAAACAGAAGAAAUAUUCUAAUUGAACAAGUUGAAAUUGACAUGGAACCAUCAAUAAGUACAUUUGAAGAUGAACUUUGCCGAUUAGUCCAAAAAGAUCGAAUGGAAAAGAAAAAACUGUCCCAAACAACUGUAUCAGCAUUAGUUAACGAACCGCAGAGUAAAGUCUCUAUUGUCGAAAGACGUUUACGUGUGGGUAUACAUAAUGGACAAUGUUAUGUUCAAGAUCCAAUUAUUUUUCAUCUAACAGCUGAACAAGAAGAUACUGGAAUGUCAUCAUUAUCAAGAAAAUUAAGUUUUCGACAAACACAACGACGAAGAACAAUGUCUGCUGAAAGUAGAGCUGAUGAUCGCAAAAAGCUCUAUUUAAGAAAUCCUAUUCGAUUUGAUGAUGUGCCUAUUGAUGAUCUAAAUGCUAUUGUAUUUGUACUUGAAUAUAUGGUUUCCAUUCCAGUUGGUACAUCUUCAAAAUCCAAAGAACCUCCUGAAAAUACAAAAGUAACAUUUACUAUUCGUUGGUCAGUUUGGUUUCCAGGCAAAGAUAAACAAGUUGCGUUAAUUAUGCGUGGUGGUGAAAUAUUACCAAGUGAUGAACUUUUCGUUUACAAACCAUCGACAACAAUUCUUCAUAAUGCACCUGAUCUUGUUCAAGAAACAUUAAGAUUCAAUUAUAGAUUUGAUACCGAACCACCUAUGCGAUAUCAAACAGCCACAAUAAAACAAGAUGUUUUAACACCUACUAUUCAAAAAUCAUUGAUUCCUUUCGACAAUAGUAUAAAAACACCAAUGAGUUAUGAUCUUAUGCAACGUACAGCGGUACCAUCACAAACAAUACCUUCAGCUAUACAACCACCUAUCUAUCAUCAAGCUAAUCUAGUGCCAUGGCAAGCGGAUGGACUUUAUCCAGCUUAUUCACCAAUGUCUGCUCUAGCUAGUCAAACGACUUUUGCUCAUACAUUAUCACGUGCUGCUUAUUCGCGUCUUCAAGGUCAAGGGUUUCCAUCAAUUAAAACAAAUAAUGAAAAAGAGGCUGAAAUUAUUGAUAUAAGACAAUCUCGUUUUCUUGAUUUACAAACAGAAAUGGCUGAUCCAAUGAAUUGCAAUGAAAUAAAUUUACAUUUUCUAUCCUAUUUCAAAAUGACUCGAACUGGAAUGUCAUCACAAUCAUCGUAUCCAAAAAGUCUUUUCUUUACAUUUAAACUUUUUCGUUUUCCUGAAACAACCACAAGCAGAGUUAUACUCGAACGUAUGCAUGAUAAUAUUUCAAAUGAUCCAAAUGUUGAGCCAUUCAUUCUAUGGCGUCUCAAAGAUGAUAGCACAAAGACAUCGGGCUUACCUGGAUUACCUGUUAAAUUCCAAGUCGAUGGUGCCUUUCUUGGCUCCGUGGAGCAACGACAAUUUUUUGAAUAUUUAAAUACUCAUACACUUUACAUUGAGGUUUGGGAUGGUGAUGGACUUUUUCCUGUCGGCAUGUGUGCACUUGAACUGAAGUAUUUACUUCGCGAUGGUCGUCCAGGUGUACAAGCAUUGGUAGAACUUGAUGUAUUUGCAACGGUACCAAUUGAGAGUAGUGAAGCGCCUGUUAUGGAAAAUCAAUAUUAUCAAUCAAGCGAUCAACAAUUUUCAUUGAUUGGUGAAAAAUUAAAAGCCGUUGGCAAAUUAAUAAUGCGUAUUGGUAAUCUGGGAUCAGUUGGAUCAGAGCAUCCUUCGAUGGACAAACUAAAAAAUUCCGAUGUCUUACGAUUAUUACCAACUAGCCGAAUAAUCUCAUCGACACCACCUUUUGAUGUUGUUCAACAACGUGCAGGUGAAAUAACAACAUCAGGUAUUAAAGAAUACCGUUUAACACGUGCUCAUCGUAUCGUGGAUUCAUAUCCAAGUAUAAAUUCUGUUUUACAUAGUUCGGAUAAACAAGCACAAGAAUCAGAACGUCAACGAAAAUUAGCACGCAUGGAAGCCGUACGUAAGCGAACAGUAGAAACAGCCAGUGAUGAUAUGUCAGCAUCAUUACCAGUGACAAAUCGAAAAAUACGUGAAUUACGUGAAAAUGAUCUACGUACAAUAUCAAUGUAUCGUCAACAAACAAAACAUGAAGAUAUUGCUCAUCAUUUAAUGAGUUUUAUUACGCGAGAAGUAAACAUACGUUUAAUGCCUGGUUAUGUAGAAUUCUUUGAAUUUGUUCUUCAAAAUCCUUAUCCAGAACAACAUUCUAUUAGUAUUGCAUGUGACGACGAUGAAUUAAGUGUUGUUACUGAUGCUCGUGAAUGGCGUCGUUUAAAAACUUUGUUUGAAGUUUUUUCUGAUACAGAAGAAAAUAUGUUUACAAAUCAAACGGGCAUUAUUGAUCAAAGUGGUUUGAAAUAUCCUCAAAUAUUUAUGAGAUCCAAGGAAUCAGUACACAUACCAUUUAAAAUACAAACGUUUCUUGCAAAACUACCAGCAUCGGAACAUAAAACAUCAUCAAAUCCAUUCUCCCAAGAACAAACAUAUUCAGUUGUGGAAAAAAAAUAUAAUGAAAAAUUCAAAUCAAAACAAAUUAAGGCCACAUUUCAAGCAGAAGAUGGUACACCAAUAGGUAUUUUAUGCAUAAAUGUUGAAUAUGUAUCACCUAUUGUUGAUCAAACAAUUCGUUGCAUUAACGGAGAAAAUACAUUAUUAAAGCGAGUAUUUCGUAUACCGAAUCCACGUCGAGCAGUUACUACAGAAUCGCUGUCAACGGGUUUUCCGGAACAGGUUCAUCAAGUAUUUGUUCGUGCAAGUGAUUUAAAUAUUGUUUGUGAAGUUCGGCCUGUGUCUGUUAAUCAACCAUGUGAUAUGCUAAUUAAAGCUGCUACUCAUAAUGCACCAACUGUGAAUGGUUUCUUAGUAUUUAUGUAUGCCGAUGGCUUUCUUCAUCGGCCUAUCAAUGUAUGGCAGUUUCAAAUUCAUGCUGUUAAACGUUUAGACUUAACUUGCAUUCAAUAUCAAACAACUACUUCUACCCUUCUUCUUCGAGGUACGCGUUCAUCACGUUUGGUUCAAUGUUUUGGAAAUGCACCUGAUGAAGUAAUUAUAUCACCAAGCAAUGCUUUUUCUGUAGCUGCUAAUGGACUUCAUGAAGUUCAUAUGCUUGUACGACCAUCACGUUCAGGUCUUCGUACUUAUUGUGUUAACGCAGUUGAUAUAGAAAAUCAUCAAAUUAUUGAUACAUGGAUGAUACGAGUUGAUACACGUGUGCCUGUUAUAUCAAAACAAUUUGCUCAUACAUUAUCUUUUGGACAAAGCCAACCAGUUAGUAAACGUAUAUCAUACACAAAUCCAUAUGCUGUUCGAAAAGCAUUCUUUUUCACAAGCAGCCAUCCUGAAUUACUUCAAGUACAACAUUCAAAAAUAGAUUUUCAACCAAAUGAAAAGAAAUUUAUAAGCUUUACUUUAUUGCCAGCUUUUAAUGUCACACCUGUUACAGAUAUUAUCAUUUUAAUUAAUAAUGAACAAGAUACAAACGAAGAUGCCUAUUGUAUUCGUGUUACUUACACAGAUUCCAAUAUUCCUAUUUAA